AGCUACUUUCCUUGCUGAGGAGUUGGCAACACUACUGCCAUGUCACUGACUGGUCUGUCCUGAUAAGGCACAGACACAACCUUCUCAGACUGGGCUUGUGCAACAGGGCUCAAAUAUCCACAUCAAGCUCCGCCCGUCCGGUUCUCUGUAGGGAUAAAAUCGAACAAACCAGCAGGCGUAACGGGAACUUUUCUCGCAGUGUUUACAGGACAGGUUCUUCCUCGUUUCACCCUGUUGUGUCUGCACCAGGUCUGCACAUCUAAUCACGACCUGCAGUGACAGCGUCCCACAGAGCUAGAGACUGAUGGUGCGUUCAAGUUUCUGUGACUGCGCCCCUAACGUAAACAAACAAGGUAAAAUGGAAUGCUGUGGACUACUUACUGCCCAGAAGGAACAAGUUCCCCUGAAGAGCAUUGAGGUGGAGCUGGAGGUGAGGGACCAUGUGGCGACAGUGGUCUCCACUCUGAACUACGAGAACAAGGAGGACAAACCUCUGGAGGCUAUUUUCGUCUUCCCUCUGCCUGGAGACGCUGCUGUCUGUCACUUCAGUGCUCAGAUUGGACAGACACAGAUUGUAGCUGAGGUGAAGGAGAAACAGAAGGCUCGUGAGGAGUAUGAUGAUUCGCUGAGCUCCGGUCAGCAGGCCUUCCUGUUGGAGGAGAGCGAGCAGAGUCCAGAUAUAUUCACUCUGAGUGUGGGCAGUCUGCCUCCAGGAGAGAGUGCCUCCAUCAGGCUGGAGUACGUCACUGAGCUGGCUGUGCAGGCGGAUGACGGGCUGAGGUUUUGUUUGCCUGCUGUGCUCAACCCUCGCUAUGAACCUCAGGGUUCUGAAGGUGCUAGUGUGCAGGUUACCUCUGUUCCAGCGUCUCUGGUUCCCUACAGUCUGUCGUUUUCUGUCCGAGUGUCGUCUCCUCGUCCAAUCUCCAAAGUGGAGUCCAGCUGCUCUCUGGAGCCUCUCCAGUACGUCAACACAGAGCAGACCCAGGCCACGGUCAAGUUGGCUGCAGGACACAAGUUUGACAGAGAUGUUGAGCUGCUGAUUUAUUACAGAGAUGCUCACAAGCCCACUGCUGUGGUGGAGGCAGGACAGGAGUCUGCCAAACCAGGGAGUCUGAUGGGCGAUCCAGUCCUGAUGCUGAGCCUGUACCCUGAGUUCCCCCAGUCUGUGAUGUCUUCACUCGCCUCACGUGGAGAGUUUGUGCUCCUACUGGAUCGAUCUGGGAGUAUGGGUUGUCCAACGAGUAAUGGCAAGCAGCAAGAAACUCGAAUUGCCAGUGCCAGGGAUACUCUACUGCUCCUGUUGAAGAGCUUACCAAUGGGCUGCUACUUCAACAUCUACAGUUUCGGCUCCAGCUUUGAACACAUCUUCCGUAAGAGUGUGGAGUACAGUGAAAAGAACUUAGAAGAGGCUCUGAAGAAAGUCGAAGCGAUGCAGGCGAAUCUGGGAGGAACAGAGAUCCUUGAACCUAUCAAACACAUUUACAGCCAGCCCUGCAUUCCUAAUCAACCUAGACAACUAUUUGUCUUCACUGACGGAGAAGUGUUCAACACCAAAGAAGUGAUCGAUCUGGUGAAGAAGAAUUCAGGUUCCCACAGGUGUUUCUCUUUUGGGAUCGGGGAAGGGGCCAGCUCUGCUCUUAUCAAUGGGUUAGCCAAGGAAGGAGGAGGUCACGCUCAGUUCAUCACAGGGGCUGAUAGGAUGCAACCUAAAGUGAUGCAGUCUCUGAGAUUUGCUCUCCAGCCAGCAGUGGCGGACAUCUCAGUCACGUGGAAUUUACCAAAGGGAGUGUCUGUCACUGUUCUCUCCCCAACAAUCACAACUAUUUUCCAGGGUCAGCGGUCACUGAUUUAUGCGCAGCUCAGUGGACAGAGUUCAAAGGCAGCAGAGGGUGGUGUGACGGUGAAGUACAGCCUGGCAGGUCGUCCCUCUGAGAACAAGCUACACUUCUCUCUCAAACCUGCUGAGGACACUGGAUUAACAUUCCACAGGCUAGGUGCUCGAAGCCUGAUUCGUUCCCUGGAGAUGGACGAAAGAGAUGGCGAGGGACAGCAUGAUGAGGGGGUGAAGGGGAAGGUGGUAGAGCUCAGUGUCCAAUCAGGAGUGAGCAGUUCCUUCACAGCCUUCAUUGCUGUCAACAAAGGCAAUAAUGAGCCGAUUCAAGGACCUUUGAUGCGCAGAGCUAUACCAGCACCCAUUUUUGUCUCAGGGAUGUAUUCCCCCAUGUGUCACGGUUUCAUGCCUUCAACUGGUUAUUGCCCAUCUGGGAUGUAUAUGAAGAAAGCCAUGGGUCUCUGUCGAAAGUCUGCAACUGCUAAAAGAUCCUUAGGGAUGUAUCCGAUGGCACCGAUGGCUUGCGGAAUCAUGUCUGCACCUGCUAAAAGAUCCUUAGGGAUGUAUAUGAAGAAAGCCAUGGGUCUCUCUCGAAAGUCUGCACCUGCUAAGAUGUCCUUUGACUUCAAUGACGAAGUCACUGAACCUACACAGCAGCCACCCAGAGACCCUUUGCUGCAGCUGGUCUCUCUGCAGAAGGCUUCUGGGUGCUGGCUGCUUGAUCCGGCUCUGGCUGCUGCUGUGGGAAAGACCAGUGAGGAGGUGGAGAACACAAAGCCUUCAGCUGUGAACCAGGAAGUGUGGGCCACCAUUCUGGCUCUGAUCUGGCUUCAUGGAUCCAAGAUGGAUGCUCAGGAAGAGUGGGAGCUUCUGGCUAUGAAGGCUGUGUCCUGGCUCCGUGCUCAAAACGCACCAACUGUGGCAGAAUCUGUGGUAGCUGCAAACACACUAUUGGGUUUCAGUGUGCAGACAGACGUCCUGGGGCUCUGAGGAUUUCAUUAAACUGCCUUCCUUUUCUUCUUCUGGAUUAAAAGCAAUGACCAUUGACAUAUACUGUAUAUGUAGAGGCUGCAUUGGCCAACUGGCUCAUACCAGCGUCGCCACCAUUUUGGACUGGGAAAGAGUGGCCUGUAAACACACGCAUGUUAGGGGGAGCUCCAUUUGUCUGUAUAAAAAAUACUUUUACAUUUUAAUUUCAACUGAUGUCAACAAUUUGUUUUCAAGGGUUUGUGAUCUACGUGGGUUUUGUCUCCAGUUAUUUAGAAUCAAUAGUUUGACUUGUAGUAAAGGCAAGAAUCUGUAUUUAUUUGAAUAUGGACAAAAAUCUUGGGUUAAACGUAAAUGAUUUGGUUCCUUUUCUUCUUAAAAAUAUUGGAUGAAAAUACGCAUAUACCUACCUAUGACUUCCACAGAAGUCUGUCUGCUGUCUGUCUGUCUGUCUGUGUGUCUGUGGGAUGCAUAUCUCUAGAACCGUUCAUCUCAUCGGCUUCACACUUGCCAUAUGUCUUGUCCAUUCAGUCUGUGGACCGAGUUGAACUUGUCCUCAUCUAUGUCUUCGGAUUAUAGACAGCAGCAGUGUCAAUAUCCCUCACAACAGAUCCUUUUGAUAAUUUGAUAAUACAUUUUUUCACAAUAUAUGACUGACACAGAUAUUCCUGGUUUUGUGGGUGCCGAUCUCCACUUGGGCAGCAACAUUCAUAUUCAUAGAAUCACUUCCUUUUCAGUUAUUUUUCUAAAGAGUCAAGGUAUGUUUAAUUUCAGCAAUGCUUUAUAUCGAGUGAAACAACAGAGCUUUAAUUUUGAAAACGUCAGUAAUUCACAUUAUAUUAAAUUCAACUUGGACACACUCCUCUCUGUCUAGCAGUGAUGAUAUCUGAACAAUUGACAUUUUAACUGAGAAUUUUUUGUUAGUUUUCCACGUAGAUCACAAAACUCAUCAAUACAAAAAGCAGCUCAUUGAAAUCAGCUGGAAUUUCAACCUUAUUGUGUUUUUUUCCCAGACAGACUGCGGCUGGUAUGUGUUAACAGGCCAGUCUUGCCUGGUCCAAUAUGGCGGACACAUUGACAUAUUACAGCAGCAGGCAAAAGUGCACUUCACGUAUGAAUGUAUAUCUUCAUAUAAUCAUGAAUGGUAUGAAGAUAUAUUUAUAACCUUUACAUUGCACAUCAUUAUUUGCACUAUCCACUUCAGUAAUAGUGUGUGCCCAAUUGUAUUCACACUAUGCUUCAUCUGUUCAGAAUUGACCAUAUAACAAAACAAAUAAUUGUUCAUCUGUUGCACCUUUAAUUUUAACCUUUUUUUUUAGAUCAGAAACUCUUGUACUGUAUUAUUAAAGUUGAAUCUUACGGCCUGAAA